UUGAAAACAUUGCGGUGCCCUUUUUCCAAUACGGAAGCGAUUCCAGCUGUCAGGUUCUUUUUGUAAACAUCUUCUGCUCCUUUUUUGUAUAAAAGUAAACAUAAUAUCUAGGGAUAUUUAAAAUGGCCUCUCCACGCUGGUUGCCUCUGGAGUCAAAUCCUGAAGUCAUGACUAAGUUUGUCAGUUGUUUGGGUAUGAAGCCAACCUGGCAGUUUGGAGACGUGUACGGAUUGGAUCCAGAGUUGCUCAGCAUGGUACCCAGACCCGUGUGUGCAGUUCUGCUCCUCUUCCCGGUCACAGAAAAGUAUGAGGCCUUCAAGCAGGAAGAGGAAGAGCGGCUCAAAGAACAGCCCCAGGAAGUGUCUCCUGAUGUUUACUUCAUCAAGCAAACUAUUGGAAAUGCUUGUGGAACAAUAGGCUUAAUUCAUGCCGUGGCAAACAACCAGGCACGUCUGGAAUUUGAACCGGACUCCCCACUUAAGAAGUUUCUUGAACAAACAUCCAAAAUGACUCCGGAGGAAAGAGCCGUCCUCCUCGAAAAGGAUGAGAGUAUACGAGUUAUACAUGAAUCCAGAGCGCAGGAAGGGCAGACUGAGGCGCCGAGUUUAGAUGACAAAGUCAAUCUGCAUUUUAUAGCCUUCGUGAACGUGGGCGGACACUUGUAUGAGCUCGAUGGCAGGAAGCCGUUCCCUGUUGUCCAUGGAAAAACAUCAGAAGAUACUUUACUUGAGGAUGCUGUCGAUGUUUGCAAAGUCUUCAUGGCUCGUGACCCUCAGGAGGUCCGUUUUACCAUCAUCGCCCUCUCCAAAGACUCCUUCUGAGGAAAAUCCUCUUCCAUCCCAAGAAGCAAACAGAACAUUACUGCCAAAUACUCAAAGUGCUUUUUAUAAUGGGGAAAUCAACUGUCAUCAAGAAAACUACCAAUACUAAAAUGCAAGCUUAACAAAUGAUAUAAAUUUAAUGAACUUUGAGCUUUGCUGUGCAAAAAAAUAAUGUUAAGUCAAAAUCAUCAAUCACACAAAUGUUGAAACGCCUCUUGUUGUUAUGAAGUUAUCAGAUCUACUCUUCACGCUGCACUGAUGUUUAAAUCCUGAUUAUGGAGGAUGUUGACCACCCCAAAAGGAGUUUGGUGUUUUCCUUUUUUGUUUUUACGUUAAAGGAUACGGCCUGCAAUGUGAUGACGCCAAAUUCAAUGCGAUUAGUUUCUAAGGAACUGUCCACACAAACGUUAUCUGACAGAAGGUUCUCAAAACGUGCAUCUCCUCUGCCGUAGGUGAGCUGGACAUCAGUGUGGACAGUGCCUACAUUUUGUAUUCUAUCGAAUAAAGUUCAAGUUUAAAACACA